GAUAAAAUGUCUUGUAAGUUUUGGAAGUGUGAUGGAGCGAGUUCAAAUUUCAAGAUAUAAAACAGAAUUGUUUAGUUUUGGUACAGUAUGUGAAAUUUGAAAAAAAAUUGAGAGUGAACUUCCAAGUCUAGUUAAGAGAACCAACCCCUUUGUUCUGACAGAGUUGGAUUGAGUUUUAAGCUUGGAAAUCUCUGGGGACUGAUUUUGGUGUUUAGGGUGAUGAUGAGAAAUAUUCUAAACAAAUGUGAUGACAGAUUUGGAAACCAACUGAAGUCUACUGAUGGCUGGGCGUGCGAGAAUGUGAGUUCCUUGGUUGCCUGUUCUUGAGCUCCAACUCUCUGACCAAAUGGCAGUGACGCGUUUUUUUCUCCUGAUGCCUUUCAGUCAGAUUCGAACCGAGUCAGUUCGGCUGAAUUGAAAAAAAUAAUCAAACAAAUGCUAGCUAGCGGAGGCAAGAGAGUAGAUGUGAUUCUAAAGAAAAUCUGUAAUGCCAAAGUUGUCGUCCACCGUUCUAAAUUUGGGUUUUAUAACAUGAAAACAAGCCAACUGUCGCUAUAACGAAUUUACCUAGCUACCAUUCCAGACGAGAAACAUAGAGAAAUUAGAGCGUGUGGAGUGUGGACUACUUGGUGAGAAGAGUUAACGCUUUACCAAACCUAACACAACUCUGGCUUAUGUCCUCCAUCUAAUUCUCCAUUAAUUUGUUAGGUUGAUCUUUGGAUGGUGAAUUAGUCAUUUAUGCCUUCCAGAGCUUGAUUUCUUGCAAAUAUUAAUUAAGAUGGAUGAAGAACAAAAUCAUCACCAUUUACCUGUCUCUUCUGCGUCUUCCAGCGGUUCCAUAAAUGAAGUUCCAGAAGUUACUACUUCAUCAAGUUCAGCAGCAUCUUCCCGAGUACAAGAAGAAGAAGAAGAUAACCAGCAUGAACAAGAACAAGAGCUACUUCAGACGACCUCCUCUCGUGUAUCAAUCGUUCGUUAUCUUAACGAUCCAUCGAAUGAUGAUUCUUGGUCAUGCCUUGGGAUGCUUUUCACAUUUUGGUUCUUCGCAUCCAUGACUGUGAUUCUAGGUUUCUAUGGACCUCUUAACUUGCGAGUAGGUCCUAAUUGCUCCCGCCUCAUACAGAUGAACUCAUUCUUCAUAAGUGACAUCAAGGUUCAAGAAUUAGCAGGGCCGGCAGAUGGACUUAUGCUGUACAGUUUUCACCACCCUCCGCCACUAGAUGUAGAGACGACAUGGUCUGAAACUUAUAAUGAGUCUUUACCAGCAUUUACACAUGCGGAGUGGAUAUUUUUUCUAAACAAAGGGUCUGAGAUAAACAUUUCUUACAGUGUGCAAUCUCAGGAUUCCGUUUUAUUCCUUGUGAUUGCUGAAGGAAAAGAAAAUUUUAUUGAAUGGACACAGGACCCUUCAUAUCCUAAUAUCACAUUAUCAUGGAACAUCAUUCAGGGGACUGGUGUCAUCCAAAAGAAACUUUCCUCGUCUUCUGAUUAUUAUGUUGCAGUAGGAAACAUAGAUCCUAUGGAGGUUGAGGUGCACUUGAACCUCAAUAUAAAGGCUAAACUGUAUAAUACCACCGAGGCGUAUUUCAAAUGUUCCCUGGCCAAAGGUCCUUGUGUGUCAUAUGUCUCAUUUCUACGAACAGAUGUUGCUGUCUUAACCUCUUCUAGUCUGAAACAGGAUCCACAAGGCGAUGACUGGUAUGUCAAACUUUCAUAUGGCGAAAGAUGGCUGUCUUACAUUCUUGGCUCAGGCAUAAUGACCGUACUCGUGUUAGUGGUCUUCAAGAUGUGUGUCAAGUGCCAAUCCGCUGUUGAUGGAACGGGUUACCAACAAAGAAAUAACCUUGGAUACGACAAUUAUCAACAAAGAACUAACCUUGGACACGACAGAACCCCGUUACUUGUAAACAAAGAUGAUGAUCUCUCUAGUUGGGGUUCCUCUUACUGUUCUGGCUCUAAUGACGGAGAGGAUCUUGAAGACUCUAAAAUUGUUGGUUCCCUAGUAGGAAACUCAUCAAAAGACGGAGAAAACAGCAGCUCGCAUCGACUAUGUGUCGUUUGCUUUGAUGCUCCGCGAGACUGCUUUUUCCUCCCCUGCGGACAUUGUGCGACCUGUUUUACCUGCGGAACAAGGAUUGCAGAAGAAGCUGGUACUUGUCCCAUAUGUCGCAGGAAAAUGAAGAAAGUCAAAAGGAUAUUCGCCGUUUAACUAGAAUCAAAGAAUUAAAUACAACAUGUGCUUUGAGUAGGAUAUUCGCCAUUUAUAACAAAUUUUCUUUGUUUGCUCGGUUAGAUAAACUCUGCAAUUCCGGCCUCAUUACUGAACUUUAUUAAAUGUACUGGAGAAAAUGUUGUGAACCAAGUACCAGAAGAACUGUUGACGAAGAGGUUUUUGAAACUGUGAAGUCCCUGAAAUCCAUGGUCGAGUUGAAGGUUUUUUAUUCUCUCUUUUUUUUGUUUGGAGUUGAAAAACUGCUGUAAAUUCGUUAUGAUACGGAUAGGCAUAAUGAAAACGGGCUCAGCAUUUCCAUGCUCAAGGAGUCAAGGACCCUAAAUAAAGCAAGCAUAAAUGUUCUCCUGUAAA